UGUUUAGAAAUCUUUCUAUGACUAAUUAUGAAGCCAUAAUUAAUUUUGGAGAGAAGCUUUUGCGAGUAGCUUCUGCAUUUCAAAGUUGAUUUAUAUGAAACAGAAGCUGAUCCACACAUGCUACUCAUUGUGUUAAUUUCAUAUAACAAGCAAAACCUUUUAUCUGUGUUCUAAAGUACAUUACAGUUUAAGGCAUCAUGAUCUCUAGGAUGCUCUUCCUAUUCCUUGCUUUUAUGGUGACAAAUUCAAUAGCUUCCAUGACCCAGCAGACAUACAUUGUACACAUGGACAAGACCAUAAUCAGAUCCUCAAUUCAUUCUCAAGACAGCACAAAACCAUGGUUUGAAUCAAUCAUUGAUUUCAUUUCUGAAGCUUCAAUGGAGGAAUCAGAAGAAAAUGAAAAUGAAAUUUUAGCCCCUGAACUCCUUUAUGCCUAUGAAACCAACAUGUUUGGUUUUGCUGCUCACCUUUCUGAGAAACAGCUCAAAUACUUGAACCAAGUGGAUGGUUUCCUCUCAGCCAUUCCUGAUGAACUGUUAACCCUCCACACAACAUACACCCCACAUUUUCUUGGCCUGAGUAAUGGAAAAGGACUUUGGAGUGCUCACAAUUUGGCCUCAGAUGUGAUCAUUGGGGUCCUUGAUUCAGGAAUAUGGCCUGAACACAUCAGUUUCAAAGACUCAGGUUUUUCCGCGGUACCUCCUCGCUGGAAAGGUGUUUGUGAACAAGGAACCAAGUUCUCUGCCUCAAAUUGCAACAAGAAGCUAAUCGGCGCAAGAACCUAUUUAAAAGGGUAUGAAAGAUCUAUUGGAAAAAUCAAUGAAACAACCGAUUAUCGUUCUCCUAGAGACUCCCAAGGCCACGGAACACACACAGCUUCAACUGCAGCCGGUAACGCGGUGAAGAAUGCCAACCUUUUUGGCCUGGCUAGAGGCUCGGCAACUGGAAUCAGGUACACCUCAAGAAUUGCAGCUUACAAAGUAUGCUGGCGAUCCGGCUGCGCUAACUCUGAUGUACUAGCCGGCAUGGACCAAGCGGUUUCUGAUGGGGUUGAUGUGUUGUCACUCUCUUUAGGGAGCAUUCCAAAACCUUUUUACAAUGACAGCAUUGCCAUAGCUGCAUUUGGCGCAAUCCGAAACGGUGUUUUUGUUUCUUGCUCCGCAGGAAACUCAGGCCCCUUUGCAUCCACAGUUGCGAAUGGUGCCCCAUGGAUAAUGACAGUUGCUGCUAGCUACACUGACAGAAGCUUCCCAACAAGAGUAAAACUAGGGAAUGCAAGAGUUUUUGAAGGGACAUCUUUGUACCUAGGAAACCAAACAAAACAAUUGCCUCUUGUCUAUGGCAAUUCAUCAAGCACAAAGAGGAUAGGACAGUUUUGCACCAAAGGCUCACUUGAUCCAAAGCUUGUGAAAGGGAAAAUAGUUGUUUGUGAGAGAGGAAUCAACAGCAGAACUGAAAAGGGUGAGGAAGUGAAAAAUUCAGGUGGGGCAGGAAUGAUUCUACUCAACUCUGAGAGUCAAGGAGAAGAGCUUCUUGCAGAUUCUCACAUUUUGCCAGCAACUUCCUUAGGUGCUUCAGCAGGUAAGAUUAUCAGAAGUUACAUUAGUUCAACAAAAAAACCAACAGCUUCAAUUUCCUUUAUAGGGACAAGGUUUGGUGACCCUGCACCAGUAGUUGCAGCAUUUUCUUCCAGAGGACCAAGCAUUGUAGGGCUAGAUGUGAUUAAGCCAGAUGUAACUGCACCUGGUGUGCACAUUCUUGCUGCUUGGCCUUCCAAAACUAGCCCUAGCAUGCUCAAGAAUGACAAAAGAAGAGUGCUUUUUAACAUAAUCUCAGGCACUUCUAUGUCAUGCCCUCAUGUUAGUGGUGUCGCAGCGCUGAUUAGAUCAGUGCACAGAGAUUGGUCUCCUGCAGCAGUUAAAUCUGCUCUCAUGACCACUGCUUACACAUUGAACAACAAAGGAGCUCCAAUUUCAGACAUUGGCGCCUCAAACUCAAUCUCAAAUUCAAAUUCAAAUCACUCUGGAUUUGCUGUCCCCUUUGCAUUUGGUUCAGGCCAUGUUAACCCAGAAAGUGCUUCUGAUCCUGGGUUAGUGUAUGAUAUCACUCCCAAAGACUACUUGAAUUACUUCUGCAGCCUAAACUAUACCUCUACCCAGAUUGCUAUAUUGUCAAGAGGUAAUAACUUUACAUGUUCUAGAAAAUCAGUUCUUCAAGUUGGUGACUUGAACUACCCUUCUUUUGCUGUGCUCUUUGGUAAGAGUUCCCUUAAUGCUAGUGUGACAUACAAGAGGGUUGUUACAAAUGUUGGAAAACCCCAAAGUGUUUAUGGUGUUAAAGUGGAACAACCAAAAGGGGUUUCAGUUAGUGUUGUACCAAGGAAAUUGAAGUUUGAGAAACUAGGUCAGAAAUUGAGCUAUAAAGUGACAUUUUUUGCAAUUGGAAAAGCAAGAGCUGCAAGUACCUCAUCAUUUGGGUCACUGAUUUGGGAAUCUGGGAAAUACAAGGUGAGAAGUCCCAUAGCAGUGACCUGGCAAUAGUAGAAAACUCUUGCUAAGGGGUAGUGUUUGAGAGAAGAAUUGAAGAACUCUAUUUGAUGAUCCAUUACAUUAUUGGCUUAAGUUAUAUGAAUAAGUUACAUUGGUGGAAUAAGGUGUAAUUUACAAUUGGUCCUUGCUAAUUUAUUUCAAUGUAGUUUGGAAUGAUCCAUUAAUACACUUUUACUUUAUCAUUUUA